ACGAAAACAAACCCCUUUCGGUCGGUCGGUCGGCUGUUGUUCUGUUGUUGUCGCGAUGGUGGGGCGGUGGUAGUGGCAGUAGUGAACACCGGCACCAUGACAGAGAGGGGGGAGUGUAGCGUCGGUAGCGGCUCGGACCCACCUAACCCUACCGGGUUGAACGCUUCCACACGUGGAUCGAAAGACUAUUACCUCCUGAGCGAAUGCGGAUGGAGCGUGGUGCGCUGCUGUGCGGGUGAGGUCGCUGAGGGUGUCUACGUUUCGUCCGUCCCACCAUGCCGCCCCUACGACAGCCGAUCCCCAUGGCGCUGCUGGCCGAGCAGCAACUCAUCGACAUGGUCACGGAAGCCGGGGAAGGUCUUGUGGCGACGCCGGGCGACCCCAUGCACACCGCCGUCAUGUUCAAGUUGCACGUGGCAAUGCGGCGGCUGCCCGAAGCGGCGGCGUCCCGACUGAGUCACGCCACCCUGGCUGCGGUGGACAAGACCCUCGUGUACGACGUGCUGGAGAGGGCGACCAGCGAUGUCUUCAUGGCCUUCGCGAGCUGGGGCACCGGCUGGUUCCCGUCCCUACCGUCGGACGACCCCGACGUUCCCCAGCGCCGAGGACCGGGUGACAUCCUCGCGGACAUCGCUGGCCUGGCGGGGAUGCCAACCCCGGUGGACGAGGACGUGGCACGCGCCCUGCUGCUCGUGGCCACGGCCUGCCUCCCCGAGAACACCACUAAGAUCGACACGUUGGAGAUGAGCGCCGCCACCACCACCGCCGUGGUCGCGCAGCUGCCCAAGCUGCAGAGCUUGGAGACGCUGCGGCUUACGGGCGGUCGGGGCUGCGCCUUGUCCAACGCGGUGCUGUACCCGCUGGCGCGCGCACUGCACCACAUGCACCGCCUGAGCGUCGUGUCGCUCGGCCAGAGCGCCUCGGACAACGUGCUGCGCGUCCUGGCGCAGGCCUGCCCGGACACCCUGGAGGACCUGGACGUGUCCAAUAGCAGGGCAGUGACGGACAAGGGUGUGGCCGCGCUGUCUUCCUGUGCCAACCUCAAGGUGCUGAAGCUGACGUCCACCUCCGUGUCGCUGUUGGGCGCCGAGCGCGCCCUGCGCGACCUGGCGUGGCUGCGCGACCUGGGCGAGAUCCCCGACCUGGGCCGCGCCAUCGCCGCGGUGGCGCGCGGCACGGAGGCGGUGGACGGGCAGGAGCUCGGCGCGGACCAGACCGCGCAGCCGAUCAGCAGGAGGGAGGAGCUGGAGAUGCGCGCCUUCAGGAGCGACCGGGCGCCGACCCUCGACAUCCUGGCCGAGCACUGCCCGCGCCUCGAGGAGUUCUACAUCCGGCUGGAGGAGGGCGGCGACUACUGCCGGAUUCCAAACCUGACCGCCAUCGCGAGCGCGGCGCCCAACCUCAAGUGCAUACACAUGGUCUGUCCAGACGAUGGGCGGAUCAAUGAUGUAGCGGUUGAGCUGCUCGACUGGCCAGAGGAGCUCUACGGGACGACCGACAGCACGGAGUGGAGCUCGUCCUCAGCUGACGUCAGGCAGCCCGCGCCCCCGACCCCCCGGCCACCGCCGCCGCUGCCCCCACCGCUGGACAGCGUGACGAUCCUCAAGCUGCGGUGGACCCCUCUGUCGGCGUGGGAUGUGUGGGCCAUCGGGCACACACUGCCCCGCCUGGAGGAGCUCGUGCUGUCCUCGUCGCCGCCCAGCUCGAGCCCACGCUUCCUCCGCGCCCCAGCCCCGGACCAGCGCUUGCCGGAGGACGCCUUCAGCAGAGUGCGGAAGCUGUACGUCGUGGACCUCCUGCCGGAUGCUGAGCUCAUGAUCCUGAGUCGUGGAUUUGCUCUGGAGGAGGCGUGCCUCUGCCAUUGGGACCCUGGGGCGAAGCGGAUGAGUAUGAGUGAGGACGCACUUCUGGAGGCUCUGCGUGACAACCCCCUGGAACAGCUGAGGGAUUUCAGCGUGGACUCGGCUCCAUUCCUGGGAGAGCGCGCCGUCCAGCGGAUGCUGGAAUGCCCGCAGCUGAAGACCCUGUACACCCUCAGCAGCUGGGAGCAGCUCACGCCCGCCCGCCUAGAGCAGCUGCAGGCCGACGUGGAGGGCCGCAACCUGGAUAUCCAGAUGAUGUGAGCCCAGCUGCGACCGGCCUAUCAAGUCUUUGGGAAGGCUGCUACCAACAGCCGCUUUGUGACUGCAGAGAGGAAAGGGUGAGUCAUGCGAAAAGAAUGUUCACUUCUGAU